AUGUCUUCAACAGGGAAUACCUCUUAUUCUACAUCAUUGUAUAAAGAGACAUCAAAUCUUGAUUUCAAUCAAGGUGUUGAACCACGAUCACAACAGCAAGAUAUUGAAUCAAAUUUAAGUCCAUAUACUUGUAAAACGUCUGACAAAACCGUAACAUCUGAAUCAUAUAAUCAAGAAUUAUCUCAAACAUCAAAUGAACACAAUUUGAAUUAUGAUGAUGUCUUAACUUUACAUGUCCCACAAUUAAACGAAAAUUUAUGGCAUAAAAAACAAUCCUAUCGUUUAUUCAAAUAUAAUAAAUGUCACUGUUUUGAAUUUAUAACACGUAAAAUACGUUUAAACAAGUCACAUAAAGCUCAAGAAGGUGUAAUGAAGAAACAAUCUAAAUCCUUAUCUAAUCGUAUUCACAAUGGUAAUCAUUUAAAUUCACUUUAUGAAAAUGAAGUCGAUAUAAUGAUGACAUCUGAUGAUAUGAAAAACGUAAAACAAACUAAACUUCCACAAGAAACUAAUGAUACACCAAAUGAUUCUGAAGUUGUAGGGAAAAGUAUGCGUUGGACAACAACUUUUUUAGCAGCGUUAAGUAUAUUUUUGAUUUUGAUCACGUUUCCAUUUUCACUUGUCUAUUGUAUACGUAUUGUCGCUGAAUACGAACGAGCUGUUGUUUUAAGAAUGGGUAAUUUAAUACCAAAAGGUAAAGGUACAAAAGGGCCGGGAUUAUUUUUUAUUUUACCAUGUAUUGAUAGUGUACGAAAAGUGGAUUUACGUACAGUGACAUUUGCGAUCCCACCACAAGAAUUAUUAACACGUGAUUCAGUAACUGUUUCAGUGGAUGCAGUUGUAUAUUAUCGUGUAUUAAAUCCAGUUGCAUCUGUGUUAAAUAUUGAAGAUGCUGCACGCUCUACCAGACUAUUAGCACAGACAACUAUAAGAAAUGUUUUAGGAACUAAAGAUUUGGCACAAAUUCUUAUGGACAGAGAAGAAAUAUCUACAGCUAUGCAGUCUAGUUUAGAUGCGACAACAGAUGCUUGGGGUGUUAAAGUUGAAAGAAUUGAAAUCAAAGAUGUCCGCCUUCCUAUCCAACUUCAACGUGCAAUGGCAGCAGAAGCUGAAGCUGCUCGUGAAGCUCGUGCUAAGGUGAUUGCUGCUAAAGGAGAACAAGAAGCAGCUAGAUCAUUAAAAGAAGCUGCAAAAGUUAUAUCUACUUCACCAAUGGCAUUCCAAUUAAGAUAUUUACAAACAUUAUGUGCAAUAUCAGCUGAAAAGAAAUCAACUAUAUUCUUCCCGGUACCAAUAGAUAUAAUGCAAAAUAUAGGUAAUAUAUCCGGGUCAACAUUUCAACAAUUAUUCAAUAAAAAUAAUCAAAAAUUACAAACAAAAUAUUCAAUGAAUAAAAUUUCAAGUACUAAAGAAAUUGAAAUGAAUCCAAAUGAUUAUUGUGAUACAAUAAUUAAUCCAAAAAAUAUUAUUUGUAAUCAAAAUAUAAUAAAAAUGGAUAAAUCAACAAAUUUAUUACAUUCUGUAAAUUUUAUUGCUGAACAACCAUGGCCUCAAUCAACGCAUAUAAAUCGAGAUAAUCAAGACACAAAUUGGGCAUAUGAAAGUGGUGAUACACAUAGUGAUACAGUUUAA